AAAAUCGAUUCCCCGCUGCCGGAGAAUUAACAGGAUGUUGUCCAACGAAUCCCUGCACCCUCCAGCCUUCAGCCGCUCCAAUUCGCAGGCCUCUGUGGACAGCGCGGCCAUGGGGGACUUCUGGCGAGAGAUAGAAAGCAUCCGUGACAGUAGCGCUGGGGGUAGGGAGUAUUCACCUACGCCUGCCCGCGCCCUAACUCUCACUGUCCACACUGUUGCAGAAGGAGAGCUGGAAGCCGAAUGGCUUCAGGACGUGGGGCUGUCAACUCUGAUCUCUGGGGAGGAAGAGGAAGACGGCAAAGCCCUGCUCUCCACGUUGACGCGAACCCAGGCGGCCGCAGUGAAGAAGAGGUAUAACACCUACACCCAGACUCUUCGGAAAAAGAGCAAGCAGCCCAUCAGGGACGUCAGGGACGUCUUUGGGGUUGGAGAGGCUCCGCCGGAUGCUUCUUGUGACAACCACACCACGCAGGUGGAUGGUCCCCAGGAAGAAAAGCAGCUGCCGGAAGUCAUCAAAACGAGUGACCCAGUGCCUCAAGGUGCAUCCCCAGACAGCCCCGCUCUGUGCAAUGGGUCCCGGGAGCAGGAGGGGAGCUUCGCAGACCCUGGGAGCAGCCCAGCGUCGAUCCUGGAGGCCAUCCCGGAUGUUCCCGUCCACACCAACGGAUCCGCAGAGCCGAGCCAGGAGGUCCCGGGUACGCUGAGUGACGAUGACUAUCUGGAAAAGAACAUUCCAGCAGAGGCUGAGGAGCUGUCCUUUGAAGUAUCGUACUCAGAACUGGUGACAGAGGCUCCAAAAAGAAAUAAAUGGAAGAAAUCAGAGAUUAAGAAAGAAGACUAUGCUUUAACUAAAUUCAUUGUUCAGAAGACCAGAUUUGGGCUCACUGAAGCAGGAGACCUGUCAGCAGAAGACAUGAAGAAGAUCCGCCAUCUCUCUCUGAUUGAGUUGACUGCCUUUUUUGAUGCCUUUGGAAUUCAACUGAAAAGAAACAAAACAGAGAAAGUAAAAGGACGAGACAAUGGGAUCUUUGGAAUUCCGCUUACCGUGCUCCUGGACAAUGACCACAAGAAAGACCCUGCGGUGAAAGUUCCCCUUGUAUUACAGAAAUUCUUUGAGAAAGUUGAGGAGUCAGGUCUGGAAUCCGAAGGAAUCUUUCGACUCUCGGGAUGUACUGCCAAAGUCAAGCAAUACCGUGAAGAGCUGGACACCAAGUUCAAUGCUGAUAAAUUUAAAUGGGACAAAAUGUGCCACCGAGAAGCCGCAGUGAUGCUGAAAGCGUUUUUCCGAGAGCUGCCCACCUCUCUCUUCCCCGUGGAAUACAUACCUGCCUUCGUCGCGCUGAUGGAAAGAGGGUCCCUCAUCAGAGUGCAGCUUCAGGCCUUGCACCUCAUGGUCAUGGCGCUGCCGGACGCCAACAGGGACACGGCCCAGGCCCUCAUGACCUUCUUCAAUAAAGUGAUUGCCAACGAAUCCAAAAACCGCAUGAGCGUGUGGAACAUCUCCACAGUGAUGGCGCCCAACCUCUUCUUCAGCAGAGCCAAGCACUCCGACUGUGAGGAGCUGCUGCUGGCCAACACCGCAGCCCACAUCCUGCGCCUGAUGCUGAAGUACCAAAAGAUCCUGUGGAAGGUUCCUUCUUUCCUCAUCACCCAAGUCCGCAGGAUGAACGAGGCCACGAUGUUGUUGAAGAAGCAGCUCCCAAGUGUGAAGAAACUGCUCAGAAGGAAGACCAUGGAGCGGGAGGUUUCAAGCCCAAAGGCCUCAAAGGUACUACAAAAAUCACCUUCAGCCAGAAGAAUGUCUGAUGUGCCGGAAGGAGUCAUAAGGGUCCAUGCCCCGCUUUUCUCCAAGGUGUCCAUGGCCAUUCAACUGACCAGUCACACCACAGCCAAAGACAUACUGGCCAAGUUCCAGUUUGAGAACAGUCGUGGCUCAUCAGAAUGUAUUCAGAUUCAGAACCAAAGGUUAUAUGAAAUUGGAGGAAAUAUAGGACAGCAUUGCUUGGAUCCAGAUGCUUAUGUGCUGGAUGUAUAUCGCGUAAAUCCGCAUGCAGAAUGGGUGAUUAAGCCACAACCAAGUCCUUGAAACGUCCCCAGGUGGCCUUUACCACACAUUGGACUCCAAGAAGACGCUACUGGAGGAGGGGCAAGUGGGACUGCCUGGACGUGCCUGUCCCAUGGCCCUUGGGAGACCACUUGUCCCAAGGGGCGGCAUCUCCAGCCUUGGCCGUGUGAACUAUGGAAAGGAGAGGGUCUCCACUGCCGUUGAAUGCUCCUCACACCUCCUUGACAAAGGGAAGGAGGCGGAUCCUCCUGGAAGUGAGGCUCCGUCCCUGCUCCAGUUCUGAUCCUGCUGCCAUGUGAACAUGACCUUGGACCUGGGGACAAGCAGCUCUUCGUUUUGUAGCCAGUGCCACCAACAAGUGGAAGAGAAUCUUUUUUUAUACUUAUGUUAUAUACAUUUAUUGGCCUUUUUUUUUUAAGCAAGAAUGCCAGAAACAGCCUUAAUUUCUGCCCUACAAAACACUCCACAUCCAAAGAAAAUGAGUUUCUAAAGUGAAACAGGCACUGUUGAUGCUCUGGCUGGCUCCUGGGUUGGAAGGGACUCUGUCUGAAGAAAACUGUUGUUAUAAAUGCUGUGCUGCGUGGUGACUGCCAUGGUUGUGCAGUGAGCGCUCGGUCACUGAGUGUCGAGACGGUAUUUUGUCGCUUACUGUCAUCUGAGCACGGUGCCCCUCAGCCAUCCAACCCUUCCGGACCCUUCCCCAGGGUUGGCAGUCAGAGUCUGUUUUCCCUUCAAGGUCGUGAUGUGAUGCUCAGCGAAUGUCCUUCCCGUGACGCACCCAGAUUUCCCUCUCUGAUUACACACAGUUUUUGUUUCUCCUUUACAUUUCACGAGUGUAGGCAGUGAUUUCUUUCUGCCACCCCAACUGCAAACUUCAAAACAGCUUCGAUCCAAGUGUGCUGAAAAGUGCCCUUCGCUCCAGCUUUUGCAGGCCGCACACACAGAUUUGGCCUUUGUUCGGUCACUGUAGACAUGGCCGUGGAGGUGGAGCUGAAGCGGCCUCUCCAUCGGGUUUCUGCAAUUGGCCACAACACAGGCCUCAGGCCUCUGGCUUGGCAAAUCCAGGACACGCUGAGGGUGGUCCGCUCUGCUUCCCUCUUGGGCUCACAGAUACUGUCCGUCUAGGACCAGCCCGACUGGGGACAGAGUUUUCAUUCCCCAAAGUGUACCCGUCAGGGUGGAAUCCAGACUGAGAUUUUGAUGGGUUUAGAUCAGCGGUAAUAAGAGGUACAGCCCACGUGACUCUCAUUUGCAGUUCAACACACAAACACAGAGAACAUUUUAUUUCACGAAGUGUCGAUAUCAUACGAUGAUACCUUUAAGCGCUUUUAUAGAAGAAAUCCCAUAUGUGCUACCUUAUGCCUUGAUGUCUACACGCAGCAUUAUGUAUGUUCCCCAUGCAGGUAAUUGUGCUUCUAGCCUUUGGGAUUUUGUUUCACUUUUAGAAGAAACACAAAGAUGCAUUCAUUUAACUUGUGUAUUUGAGAAUCUAUUUCCUUUGUCAGAUAACCAGUUAGAAAAGAAACAUGCAUUCUAUAGGUCUAUAUUUCCGCCUGGAUUUCAUCUGCUUUCAGUAUAUGCUAAUUUGAUGUCAUGUGAGUUUACAUAAUGGACUUCUAGAGUAUGAACAAAAAAAGUACUGCUUUUGCAACAGAAUAAACAUUUUCCUUCAUGGGGUUGCCAAGUCCCAAGAAUUACAUGGCAGAAGUCUACACCCGUGUGUGGAACACAGUUUUCAAAUAGCUGUGUUGCCCUUCAGCCUACAACUGAAUCUGGUAUUUCUCACUGUACCUCAUUAGAAGGGUUGAAAUUCUGUUGUGAUUUUAUAUGAAAUUCACAGAUAGAUUCACUCAUUACUUUUUAUUUCAUAGUUUUCCUUUCUUCUGACUGACAACACACUAGAACCUAUACAUAAAAAGCUCCAGGUUUUCUCCUGGUCCCCAGUCUUAUUUAAAUAGGGACCCCAGCGGUGGCAGGUACAAUGCAGGAGGUCUCAAGUCCUUACCCCUUUUGUGUGGUUUUGGGUAGACAAGACUGACUUGAACCAUUUUUCUGUAUUAAUCAUUUCCAUUCAGUCCUGGCCACAACACAGCUCUCAGACAGCUGUACCACACAGAGAGUACCACACGGAGAGCCGUGUCCACAUCAAAGCCACCAGAUGGAACGUUUAUUCCUGAUCAUAAGGUUAACCGAUUAAAGAAAAACAUUUGCAGACACACCAAAACUAACACUUAUGUGGUUAAAGUUCUUUUGCCUGGUUUUAUUCUUGCAGAAUAAACAAACCACUACAACGAACCCUAAAUUGCCUGCCACCUAAAGAUUUAAAGGAUUGAAAAACAGCAAAGAGUUGUUGUUGUUUUUUUUAACUUCUGUAAGCAGUCUAUAAAAGCGAAUGGUAUAUUUGCAAACAAGAGGAAGGUCGGAUACCCAGCUCAUGAAUAUUAUCUUUUUUUUGUUGUUGUUGUUGAGACAGGGUCUCCCUACGUAGUUCAGGCUGGCCUU